AUGGCUUCCACAGUCUGGGGGAGUGCUCCCUGGUGGGGCCCACCGCCCCCAGCCCCAGCCCGGCCGCUCACGGACAUCGACUUCUGCUCUGGGGCGCAGCUGCAAGAACUAACCCAGCUGAUCCAGGAGCUGGGUGUGCAGGCGAGCUGGAGUGAAGGUCCCAAGCCAGGACCAGAUCUCCUCCAGGCCAAGGACUUUGUUUUCUCUUUGCUUGGUGUCGUUCACCGCCGGGACCCUCGCUUUCCUCCUCAGGCAGAGCUCUUGCUGCUUCGUGGCGGGAUUCGCGAGGGCUCCCUGGAUCUGGGGGCUGCGCCUCUAGGUCCCUACGCUCGGGGACCUCACUACGACGCCGGCUUCACACUCCUGGUGCCCGUGCUUUCGCUAGAUGGCACUGGGCAGGAGCUGCAACCGGACGUGGGAUCCUGUUAUGCAUGGCUCUUCCUCCCAGAGCAGGUACGCGGAACCUCGGUCCGGGAGGCAUGGCAGGAUUGCCUAGGACCCCCAGUCCCAGGAGGACGUGAUUCGAUCCACCCAGCCCAAAGCAAAGAAACUCCCAAGGAUCCGCAAAUCUCCGUGGACCAGCUACACGGUGACGUCACUGAGCCUGAGGCACACGAGUCUUUGGAAAACUCACCCAGUAAUGUUUCAGUGCCAGAGUUGCCUCAACAAGACGUAACCGAUGUUGACUUUCCCUCACCACUGAAAAAAACGAAUGGUGAUGACACCAAAGCAGCCGACCUUAGCCCAGUGCCACAGCCGUCAGAGGCUCCGGAGGCAUGGCCCACAUUGUGCCCCGCCCAGGUGGCUGCCUGGUUCUUUGCUUCGCUGGCUGCGGUCGCUGAGUCCCUGUUUCCGGUCCCGGGUGCCCCGCGCUUGGUCCACGCAGCCCGCCACGCGGGGGUCACCACCAUCCUCCUGGCUACGCCUGGGCCCCCGCGCCGCCUCCUGCUUUUCGACUUGAUCCCCGUGGUGUCCGUGGCCGGCUGGCCCCAGGGGGCUCGGAGCCACUCGUGGGCCGGCCCGCUGGCCUCGAAGUCGUCUUCCUUCUACCUGGUGCCCGGCGGCGGCGGCGGCGGCACAGAGCGACCGGACGCCUCUGGCUGGCAGCUCUGCUUCGCCCGCCAAGAGCUGGCGCUCAAGACGCGCAUACCCGUUCCCCUGCUGCAAGCGCACGCGGCGGCCCAGGCGCUGCUGCGCCCGCUGGUGGCCGGGACUAGGGUCGCGGCGCCCUACCUCCUGCGGACGUUGCUCUACUGGGCGUGCGAGCGGCUGCCCGCGCUCUAUCUGGCGCGACCAGAGAAUGCGGGCGCCUGCUGCCUCGGGCUGCUGGAUGAGCUGGGCCGGGUGCUCGAGGCCGGGACGCUGCCCCACUAUUUUCUGAGUGGCCAAAAGCUCCGUGCGGGGGACGGCGCCGCUUCGCUGCUCGGGGCUUUGGCCCUGCUUCGCAGGGACCCUGCCCGCUCCCUGCGCGCCGCUGUGGAAGAGGCCAAGGCUGCACGCAAGGGGGGCGGCUUAGCCGGCGUGGGAGGCGGGGCCCAUUAA